AUGUCGAACCGGCACGCUCAGACAAGGCAACCCGGGAACAAGGGUUUGGCCAAAACCCAAAAGGUCUUCGUCCCCAAGAAUCAAAACCAAAAUCCAGGCCCUAAAGAGCCCACGCUCUCCAGCUCUCUCAGGCAAUCGCUUGCCACUCAAUCCAAUGCCGAAACUGCCACCGUUGCUGCUGCGGCGCCGUCGGCAAGUAGGGUUCGGAUGGGAGAGAAAGGAGAGUGGGUGUCCAGCAGAGCUCAUGGUGGCAAUUUCGUAAAUUACUUGCCCCAGGAUGAGGCGGUGGCGGCUGGGCUCGGCGCCGACGAAGGUGGAUUGGAUGCCCUGCAGUCUCAGAGAGUUGUGGAUCUUCUUAACAGAGAGCUCUCUCGCUUGCUCAAGUUGAACCCGAAGGAGUUCUGGAGACAAGUGGCUAGUGAUGCUUCCUUGCAUGAAUUUCUGGAUAGCUUCCUACAGUUCAGGAGCAGAUGGUAUGACUUCCCUCAUCGUGGAGCCAAAGAAAUGGUGGCAGGGGUCAUUGUUGGGGAGUUCGAAUUAAGCCGACGUGUUUUUAUGGCAUUGUAUCGCAUAUCCUCUAAUAGGGAUCCCGGUGCACGUGCUGCUGAUAGUCUCAGUCCAAAAGACCAUGAAGUUCUUUUGCAGGAGAAGAAGUUGCUUGACCUGCCUAAGUUGCUAGACAUCUGUGCUAUAUAUGGUCAUGAAAAUGAAGAUUUGACCAGAGUGUUGGUUGGAAAUGCAGUGAAAGCACAUACUAGAAUACAUGACAAUUUGACUGCAGUGGCUUCACAUUUCCUUAGCAUUGUUCAAACAAUGUAUCAACGUAGCAGUACAGCUUUGGAGGCCCUUUUUUCCUCUGGAAACCCUGGAGACCAGGGACCCAGCCUUCUUACUGAUCUAUUGGAGGUUAUGGACUUCAUAAACGAUGCAAUUGUAUCCAUGGACGCUUUACUAACUGCCUACGAACCAUCAGCUGUGUUCUUUUUGUGCCCUGUUGAAACGAGUUACGGGAACGACGCAUUACUAAGCACUCUAGCAAGGUUGCAUGAUUCAUUACUUCCAUCUUUGCAGCGCGGGUUUCGAAUAAUUUCAAGUUCACCAGCUUCAGAAGAUAAAAUGGUGUCUAAUAUUGCUAUAAGUUUGAAAAUGUUGUCAAUGAGAAUCGUCAAGUUUGGUUGGAAACUCUUGGACUUAUGCUAUCUAAGUGAGGAGGUCUUCAAAGAUAACCUUCCCAUUCCAUCUGCUGCAGAGAUGUUCCCAGCCAAAGUAGAGGAUCCUUUCAUUAGGGCAGAUAUAUUGGUACAAACUUUAAGAGAGAUUAACGGAAUUUCAGUAUGUGCUCAGGAAAACCAGAAUAGGCAAACUUUUCUUCAAAAUGUUGAGAAGAACUUCAACAUUUUGGGCAAAAUGGAGAACUUACAAAAUAACGGAUGGAUAGUCAUGGAUGAUGAACAGCUAGGGUAUGUAUCCGGGAUACUGAUCAGUUCUCACAAAGUCAUUGUUAAGGAGCACCCCAGUACGACAGUCCCUUUAACAAACAACAAGGUGCAAAUAGAUGAAGAUGUUGCAAUUGUAGAGUCCAGAAUCAGUCAAAUAAAGGACCUCUUUCCUGAUUAUGGCAAAGGGUUUUUAGCUGCCUGUCUAGAAGCCUACAACCAGAAUCCUGAGGAGGUGAUUCAGAGGAUUCUUGAAGGAACACUUCAUAAAGAUCUGCAGUCCUUGGACACUUCACUAGAAACAAUGCCAGUAUCCAAGAAUGCCACUGUUAGUAGGAAUGAUAAAGGGAAAGGAAAGCUAGUUGAAUUUACAGCACCACCCGCCACUAAUACAGUGGCCAUUGCUAGGGAUAAACCAAACAGCAGCUCUUCAGUUUCAUCUUCCUCUACACAGGGAAGGUUUGUUAGGAAGUCUAAAGCGGACUUGCCUGAUUCUGAUAUCCUUGAUAACAGAAAUGAAGAGUACACAGCAAAAACUGCUGCUCUUAUUUCGAAGUAUGAAGAUGAGUAUGAAGAUGAAUAUGAUGACUCUUUUGAUGAUCUAGGUCUGAGUGUUGCAGAUUCAGGAGUUGGGGAAAGUGAGAUAUUUAGUGAAAAAAGUAGCUCAAAUAUGGGUAGGCCUUUUGAAAAGCAAAAUGAAAGUUCAUCUCGAAGUGCUCCUAGUUCGAAAUGGGGCUCCAGACAGAAGCCCCAGUAUUAUGUCAAGGAUGGUAAGAAUUACAGUUACAAAGUUGCAGGUUCAAUUGCAGUUGCAAAUGCUGGUGAAGCAUCAUUAAUUACAGAAGCACAGCAGGACAUGAUUCAUGGCCUUGGUCGCGGCGGCAAUCUUCCUCUUGGUGCGGUCAAGAAGCUGACGGAGUACUCUGAGGAGCAAAACAAGCAGUUUGAUAUUCCUCAGAUGGAAGGGAGAGGGAGAGGGUUUAUUGGGAAUGCCAGGGGCAGAGGAAGGAAAGGAGGAAGACAAAGGGAUUCCAGUGAGGAGCAGGAUAAUAAGCAAAAUGAUACUUCUGAAGUUGAAGGCCAAGAGAAUACCGAGAAUCAAAGGGGAGGAAGGGGAAGGGGACGGAGAGGAGGGGGAGGGGGAAGAAAUUUCAGAAAGGACAGGGCCAUGAAUAAGCACUUUUCUGGUUUAGGUGGCUUUUAG